CAGUCUCCUCCACGGGGCCAUCCUCGCUGCUCCACUGACCCAAGUGGAGCCAAUGGCCGUGCCUAACGGGCGGCUCGUCCAUCUGGCAGAUUGUGGGACGACACGCAGACGCCAGGAGAGUUGGCAGAAGUCACGUGACUCGGCCAGGAUGUCCUUUUUAAGAGGCCGCGGACGCCAGGAGAUGGAAGGCUGAGGAUGUCUUCAGGCAGGACAGUCCGGAUCAUCCUGCUGCCUGUCCUCGCCGUGGCAGCCCUCGGUCAGGUGCUCAAGACCAACCAUCCUCCUCCAUUCAGUUUCAAGAGCGGCGUCGUUCGACUCAUCGUGAAGUCGUUCACAGACGAGCUGAUCCGAGACCUGAGCUCGAGCUCGCUGCUGCAGCUGACCGAUCCCCAGGCGCAGUUCCUGAGGCAGCGCCUGGACAAGCUGUACGAGCACGUCCGCCGUCACCCCGCGCUGCACCAGCGGUACCUCUGGGUCGGCAAGGACAGGCCCAACGUCAGUCCCGAUGAGACACCCGCCGCCCGCCGCCAGCAGGCGAAGAGAAGCAAAGCGCCCGAAGUGUCCGGACCCGCUCCACGCGGCGUGAAGAGGAACCCACCCGACAUCGCCCUGGCUCCCCUGUCCGAGGAGAUUUGCCGGACCAGCACGGCCUGGGAGCGGAUGAACAAGACGGUCGACUCGUUCGGCAACGCCGUCGAAGUGGUACAGGACGAGGCCUUCCCCCAGUGGGUCUUCGCCUACCGUUGCGCCACUCAGGGAACGACCUGCGUGGGCAUCGACGCCCUGUAUGACAGUGAAUGCACGGAACGACCCGGUUUCAUGAUUCUGUACCAUCGGAAGAUCGGCACCGACGACAACACGCCGUCCUGGGGAGCGGUCGAAGUGCCGCAUCACUGCACCUGCAAGAUCACCCCCAAGGUCCUCCCUGAAGCCAGAUGAACUCCGAGCUGAAUAUCUUCCGCCCGGAAAUGGAGCAGAAAAAAGACAAAAAAAAA